GUCACGUGAUUUCCUGUCAACCGCGGAGGCGGAAGUCUAAGAUGUCUGCCUCCCUGUCUGCAAUUUUGAUCUGCAGAUGGGCACUCUUCCUUGUAAGGGCCGUCGUGCACUUUCCUCAUUGGUCGGGCUAUCAAAAACAAACGACGCACCACGGAAGUUAUUUUAAGGUAUCUUGUGUGUAGGGUUAGGCUUUCAUCACAGUACACCACUAGUCAGGUCUAAUGUUGUUUAAAGUGAGACGCUUCCAGUUCAGUAGUAACUUUAGUAGAAGUUAGAAACACGACGACAUUCAGAGCCUCUGUUGGAAUUCACAACGCGGAAAUGAAGGGGUAUAUUGUAUUCGGGUUACAGUUUCUAUUUGUGGAACAUAUCAAGAGUUGGACUGACGGUAGUGUGCUGCUCCAGGACGUUCAGGUGUUGACUCUGUACAAGGAUCGCUACACCACAGCAAGGCGUUCCAGCCCCGUGCCUCAGCUCCAGUGUGUUGGAGGCUCAGCUGGCUGCCAGGCCUUUGUCCCAGAGGUGGUCCAGUGUCAGAACAAAGGCUGGGAUGGAGUGGAUGUGCAGUGGGAGUGUAAGACAGAUAUGGACAAUGCAUAUCGAUUUGGCCACAUUGAGGUGAGCUGUGAAGGCUACAGCCACCCUGCUGAUGCCUACAUACUGAAGGGCUCCUGUGGGCUGGAGUACACGCUGGAACUGACUGAAGAAGGCCGGAGGAGGAUGCAUGGGAGCUGGGGUUCCCGGAGUGGAUUCAAAGGGUUUGGAGGUGUUAGGGGCCUUGCCUCCAAAUUCUUCAGCGGUUUCUUUGGCAACAAGGAUCAUCACCAGCACAACCAGCAGACACAUCAGAGCUCGCACCCUUCAGGCAGUGAGGACUCAGGAGGUCUGCUGGUGGUUGCUGUGCUUCUGCUCUUGGCAUACAGCAUCUACAAGCUGUUCCUCAGCAGGAACACAACCCAGUGGGGGCAGGACAGUGGACAGGCUGGUUACCCCGGGGAUAAUCACCAUGGCUCAGCAGGACCACCACCCCCAGGAUUCAAACCUGACUUCACUGGCUAUCCUGGUGCCAACCCAAGUUACGGCUUCCACAGUGACUACACUCACGGACAACAGUACCCAGGAGGCCGAGCUGCACCAGGCACAGGAAAUGGUUUCUGGACCGGCAUGGGGACAGGAGGGGUGCUGGGAUAUCUUUUUGGUCGUCAGAGAAGCCAGCCCUAUAACUACAACCACUCCAGUUACACUGACAGCAGACCUCCUCCUCCUAGAGACUCAUCCUCUUCCUCUGGGACACGCACUGCUUCAGGUUUUGGAGGAACCAAGAGAAGAUAGAAGCUGUGAAAGUGGACGGAUUCUCAUCAAUAAAUUUAUAUUGACAGAGUUAACAUUGGUGCUCUUAUAGCACAUAAACUAAUCUCCGCUGGUAGCACAUCAAACAGCACCAUGAAAUGACCAUGUUGGCUAAUAAAAUGGUAACAUUGCUACUCAGUUAUACGUACCUCUGGAGCGGAUAUUUGUGUGGUUUGAGGCUUCAGUAUUGUGUUUAGAAGAAUAUGACGUGACUUAUGUACUGUUUAAAUGGUUUUAAUUGACAAUGGCCUUCAUUGCAUUUUGUAGGUGAGAUGACAUUCUGCCUCACACAUGGACAGAUAUCUAUGAAGACUCCCAUCUUUUGCAUUCACAUGAAAUAAAUUAUAGAUAUGAGAAAAAAUAAUAAUAAUUGCUUCUCUCUCUGAGUCUGUGCUCCAUCAGUUGAACUGCAGCUGAACAGAGGUAAGAAUCAUGACUCGAAUCAUUUUUAUGAGUUAAAUCACUAUGGGCACAUAGAAAGAAAAUUAUGUUUUUUAUGCAUUCAUCCAUGUAAGUCUCAUCACUGCUUUAGUUGACUUUACCUCCCAGCUGUCAUACCUUUGCUGUUGUAUAAUAAACUCAGUUUAAAUCUG